CCACUCAGGGGCCACAGGCUGACGGGGGAGGUUGGAGAGCUGCAGAAAGUGGAGCGCUGCUGCAUACCCCAAACUCUCCAGCGGUGGUGAAAUAAUCACAGACAGAACAUCUCACUAGGAGCACCUGUGGAUAUUGCAGCACCCGAGCGGGUUUAACUUUUCAACAAAAUGUCGGGUCACAGCGCCUUAACCAGGGUGCUGGUCGCCCUGUGCGUCGGGAGCGCAGUGCGCUGCAUGCCCCAGGAGGCGCACAAUAACCCGCAGCAGUAUCGCCCUUCCUCUGUCUCUCAAGAUGGCUGUAUAGAGAACGGUCGGUCAUAUAAUGUUAACGAGCAGUGGGAGCGCCGCUAUUUAAGCGGCACUCUGAUUUGUACCUGCAAUGGAGUUGCUGGGAUUAAGUGCAGAAGCAAACCAGAAGAGGAAAAGUGCUAUGACAAACUCGGCCAGAAGUACUACAACGUGGGAGAAACCUUUGAGAGCCCAAGGGAUGGCAUGAUCUGGGACUGCACAUGUAUUGGAUCCGGGAAGGGCAGAAUCAGUUGCACCAUUGCGAAUCGCUGUCAUGAUAACGGGGCCUCAUAUAAGAUCGGAGACACCUGGAGAAGACCCCAUGAAGGAGGCUACAUGCUGGAGUGUGUCUGUCUGGGUAAUGGCAAGGGAGAAUGGACUUGUAAACCUGUAGCUGAGCGUUGCGUUGACCAGUCUGUUGGACGAUCCUACGUUGUUGGGGAGACAUGGGAGAAGCAGUACCAGGGAUGGAUGAUUAUCGACUGCACCUGUCUGGGAGAGGGAAAUGGACUGAUCACAUGCACAUCCAGAAAUCGCUGUAAUGACCAGGAUACUCAGACCUCAUACCGUAUUGGAGACACAUGGACAAAGACAGAUUCUCGUGGCCACCAGCUCCAGUGUCUCUGCACAGGGAACGGCCGUGGGGAGAUGAAGUGUGAACGACAUGCCUCACUUCACACCACCGGCUUAGGCACUGGCUCUCAUUUGGUGACCAACAUCCAGCCUGCAGUCUACCACCCUGUCUCUGUACCAGAGCUCCUGGAGGGACCCUGCAAGACUGACUCAGGCCUAACUUACUUCAAUGGGCAGCGCUGGAUCAAGAACCAGGGAAAUAAAAAGAUGAUCUGUAUCUGCAUGGGAAAUGGAGUAAGCUGCGAUCAGUGGGAUGGACCAGCUCCAGUGUAUGGUGGCAACUCCGGAGGCCUUCCCUGUGUGUUCCCAUUUGUUUACAAGGGGAAAACCUACCACUCCUGUACUUCUGACGGGCGUAGCGAUGGGCAGCUGUGGUGUUCUAUUUCGUCGGACUUUGAGAAAGAGCAGAAAUAUUCUUUCUGUACAGAGAAAAAUGUGGCCGUGAUGACACGAGGUGGUAAUUCAAACGGUGCUCUGUGUCAGUUUCCAUUCAUUUACAAUGGCCGGAACUACACUGACUGUACUUCAGAUGGUCGGCGGGACGGCAUGAAGUGGUGUGGCACCACAACAAACUACGAUGCGGACCAUCGCUUUGGGUUUUGUCCAAUGACGGCGAAUGAAGAAGUGUGCACAACAACCGAGGGUCUGAUGUACCGUGUAGGUGACCAGUGGGACAAGAGACACGAUGUUCUCGGUCACAUGAUGCGUUGUACAUGUGUCGGCAAUGGGAGAGGAGAAUGGAGCUGUGUCGCUUACUCCCAGCUUAAAGAACAUUGUCUUGUGGACGGUGUGACCUAUGAAGUUAACCAGACUUUCACCAAAGAACACGAAGAAGGAUACAUGAUGAACUGCACCUGCUUUGGUCAGGGCCGCGGUCGCUGGAAGUGUGAUGCCAUUGACCAUUGCCAGGACCCAGAAACAAGAACUAUCUACCAGGUUGGAGAAUCUUGGGACAAAGUGAUCCAAGGAGUCAUGUAUAAGUGCAUUUGCUAUGGCAAUGGUGUUGCAGAGCAUGGAUGCGAGCCCCAGCUGUCAUAUCCUGGUGGCCAUCAUCCUGUUCAGGUAAUCAUAGCAGAAUCUGGAGGCCAGCAAAAUUCCCAUCCUGUUCAGUGGAACACACCAGCUUCAGCCCAUAUAACCCAGUACAUCCUAAAAUGGAGAGUGAAAGACACAGCUACCCCAUGGAUGGAGGUUAUCAUUCCUGGCCAUCUUAACUCCUACACCAUCUCUGGACUCAAACCAGGGAUUACAUAUGAGGGCCAGUUGAUCAGCGUGCUGCGGUUUGGACACAGAGAGAUUACUCGCUUUGACUUCACCACUACUUACGGAUCACUUAUUCCAUCAUAUGGAGAAACCACACCUCUACCCCCUGUAGUUGAGAUCUCUGAAUCAGUGACAGAAAUUACCUCCAACAGCUUCGUUGUGUCCUGGGUUUCUGCCUCCGACACAGUGUCUGGUUUCAGAGUGGAGUAUGAGCUGAUUGAACAGGGUCAGGGAACUGGACAACCUUUUGUUUUAGAUUUGCCCCGUUCAGCCACCUCAGUGAACAUUAAUGAGCUUUUGCCAGGGAGGAAAUACAAUGUCAACGUCUAUGAAGUUACAGAUGGAGAGGAAACCAACCUCAUUCUCACUACUUCACAGACAACUGCACCUGAUACCCCGAAGGAACCUGAAGUAGAAGAGGUGGGAGAUACUUCCAUGACGAUCACCUGGGAUAAACCCCUGGCUCCAAUUACUGGAUAUCGCGUUGUCUACGUGCCAUCAGAGGAGGGUGAAAACACAGAGCUGACACUCCCUGAUACAGCAUCAUCUGUGACUCUCAGUGGCCUCCUGCCAGGAAUCCUCUACAACAUCAGCAUCUAUGCUGUGGAAGACAGUCUGGAGAGUGAACCCACCUUUGUUCAAGUUAAAACUACUGGGGAAACACUGCCAGAUAAUGUGAAUUCCCCCUCUGACCUGCAGUUCUUUGAGGUGUCUGACACGAAAAUCGUUCUGACCUGGUCGAGCCCAGUAGCCGGAGACGUGUCGGGUUACCGGGUCACUGUGUCGCAGGUCGAUGAUUCUGACUCUCCUCAGAGCGAGAUGACUCUACCUGUCCAUCAGAACUCCUAUGUUGAAGUAACGCACCUAAAUCCAGGCACACUCUACCGCUUCAGUGUGUACACCAUUUACAACGGGAAGGAGAGCUUGCCACUAAUCGGAGAACACGCCACUAAUCCGGAUGCUCCCACAGACAUUCAUUUCAAUAACAUUACUGAGGACAGUGCAGUGGUUCUGUGGUUUGUACCUCGUGCCAAAAUUACAGGCUACCGUCUCCUCCUGACUGUCGAGGGUUCAAACCCAAAACAGAUUCACCUGCCGGCACAUCUGACACAACACACCCUCCAUAACCUGCAGCCUGACACAGAGUACAAUGUCACCCUUUACUCAGAGCAAGGCAAUACACUGAGUGUUGGAGAGACUGCCAUUUUCACCACAAACUCACGGAUGGGUAACGCCCCUCAGUUUAACACAGAUGUCACAGAUACUUCCAUAGUAAUCUCCUGGUCUCCAGUUCCCCGUAUUGGAUACAAGCUGUCAGUUCGGCCAAGUUUGGGAGGAGAAGCUCCAAGAGAUGUCAUCUCUGAAUCGGGAAGUAUUUAUAUUUCUGGUCUGACUCCUGGAGUGGAAUACACAUACAGCGUCCAGUCGGUUUUUGAUGGUCAAGAACAAGGAACCCCAGUCACACGGCGUGUCGUCACUCCUCUGUCACCUCCUACUGAUCUGAACUUGGAAUCCAACCCAGGAAACAGUGACAUUACCGUCCAGUGGAACAAACCCAACACCCCAGACAUAACAGGCUUCAGAGUGACAUGCACUCCCACCAGCGGGCAGCAAGGAAACAGCAUAGAGGAAUUUGUGGAGGCUGGGCAGAAUUCCUGCACUCUGGAAAACCUGAGUCCCGGGGUGGAGUAUAAUGUCAGUGUCGUCACUUUGAAAGAUGAUAUGGAAAGCUCUCCUGUAUCAACUGUCAUUACCCCAGAGGUUCCACAACUGACCGACUUAACCUUUGAGGGGGUGACUGACACAAGCAUCAGCCUUCGCUGGUCGCCACUCAGCACCACGACCGUCACGGGUUACAAGAUCACGGUGGUUGCAUCAGGCGACAGCAUCCCCAUUUUCGAGGAUAUGGUCAUGCCGAGCUCAGGCCAGUACACAGUGCAUGGACUUGAACCUGGCAUCGACUAUGACAUAAGCGUGACAACAGUAACGGAGCACGGCGAGAGCGAACCCACCACCAUCACUCAACAAACCUCCGUACCAGCCCCCCUUGGUUUGAACUUUGGCGAAGUUGGACCAGACAGUGUCGAGGUCACAUGGGAGUCUCCUCAAGUCCCAAACCCCUCUGACAUUAACACCUUUGUUAUUAGAUACCAUCCCAUCGACAAUGAAGACCAAACUUUAGAAACCACGGUUGGAGGCGAUACGAAUAGUUUGGUUCUGAGGAAUUUGGUGCCUAACACAGAGUAUUUGGUGAGCGUGAUGUGUGUUUAUGAGCAGAGGCAGAGCUCUCCCGUUGUUGGUAUCAUAAAAACAGCUCUGGAUUCCCCAGUUGGCCUACGUUUCUCUGAAAUCACUACCAACACCUUCACUGUACACUGGCAAGCCCCCCGAAGCAGAAUCACUGGUUACCGCAUUCGCUACCAGAUGGUCAGCGGUGGGAGGGCCAAGGAUGAGAGGCUGCCCCCUUCAAGAAACCACUACAUCAUGACUGGCCUUGCUCCGGACACUGACUACUUAGUCAGCAUCUUUGCUGUGAGCGGGGGACAAGAGAGCGUCCCGCUCAGUGGGACACAGAAAACCAUUUCUGAUGCUCCAACUGACCUGGAAGUGCUUGACUCUACCCCCACGAGUAUCACCGUUCGCUGGGCCGCACCACCGGUCACAGUGCGCUACUACAGGAUUACUCAUGGAGAGUCAGGUGGUCACACUAAGGAGUUUACUGUACCUGGGACCAAGUCCACUGCUACAAUCAGUGACCUAAAGCCUGGCACUGAUUACACCAUCACAGUUUAUGCUGUGACAGGCAGAGGAGAUAGUCCUGCUUCCAGCAUUCCCAUCUAUGUUACACAUAGAACUGGAGUGGACUCUCCCUCUGAAAUGCAGGUGACAGAUGUGAAUGACAGCAGCAUUACAGUGAGAUGGAGUCCAGCCCAGGGUCCAAUAAAAGGAUACAAGGUCACCGGGACCCCAAGAUAUGGAGAGGGAGUGUCUUUCACUGAGGUGGUGGCCCCAGAUCAGACUGAGUUUACUUUCUCAGGCCUGCUGCCGACAGCAGAAUAUAUUUUUAGUGUGAAUGCCCUGGGUCAAAACGGUGAAAGCUCUCCUCUAGUGGUGAAUGCUGCUACAAAUGUAGAUCGUCCCAAGGACCUUACCUUUACAGACGUUGGUUCCACUGCCUUACGGAUCACCUGGGAUAGCCCAGAGGGAUUUGUUACGUCCUACCGUGUCUUGUAUUCUAGUUCAGAGGAAGGAGAGAGAGAGCUGUAUCCGGCUCCAAGAGGAGAUGCUGAGUCAGCUGUUAUCCAUGGACUCCAGCCUGGAACUGAAUAUACAGUAAAGGUCAUUGCCGUGCAUGGAGGCACAACCAGUACUCCUCUGAUUGGGACGCAAGCUACAGCUAUCUCUCCUCCUACCAACCUCCAGUUUACUGAGGUUGGCUCAACAUCGUUUACUAUGAGCUGGACUUCGCCUGGUCAGGAAAAUCUGAUAACUGGUCUACCUGGCCUCACUGGGUACCGUGUGGUGGUAAACCCAAAGAAGAAGAGUGGACCCACUAAAGAGAUCAGUGUGGCCCCGGACAGCACGCAGGUCCACAUCCCUGGACUCAUGACUGCAACAACCUAUGAAGUCUAUGUGUAUGCCUUGAAGAACUCUCUCACCAGCAGACCAAUCCAAGGAGAGGUCACCACUCUGGAAAACAUCAGUCCGCCUCGGCGUGUACGUAUAUCUGAAAUUAAAGAUUCCUCCAUCACCCUCACUUGGAGAGCAAAGGCUGAGACAAUCUCUGGGUUCCUGAUUGAAGCCGCGCCCAUCACCGCCUCUUCAGGCUACAUCCCCAUUCAGAGGACCAUCGGCCCUGAAUCCCGCAAGUACAUUCUGGAAGGUCUGGAGCCUGGCACUACUUACAAGGUUAACCUCUACACGCUGAAGGGCAACGGACGAAGCUCGCCUUUUGAACUCACUGCUUCCACAGCUCAACCAACAGUUAUCCCACCCACCAACAUUCGCUUUACCUCACUGAAUCCUACCAGCAUCUCCUUUAUGUGGGAGCCAUCACUCAGUCCCAGGAUCACCGGCUACUAUGUCACUUAUGAGGAGGCUGGGGGUUUGCCUCAAGAGCUCAUUCCUAGACCUCAUGCAGGCCAGAGCUCCGCCACCAUCAAUGGUCUUAAACCAGGAACGGAAUAUGUUAUUAACAUUGUAGCACUGCAGAACAUUUUGAGAAGCAAACCGCUUGUGGGCAAAGCCAGAACGCAACCAGCCAGUCAUCACAUUUUGGUACCUGAACUGCCGCAACUUGCUGUUCCUCAUCGGCCCACCAUUGACAUUCUUGAUGUUCCAGAGCGCUUCAAUGACAAAAUUUUUGACUCAAACACCGUCCACUUGGCCGGCACAAGUGGACAGACCCAACCGGACCAGCAUGGUCAGCACAUUUAUACAGAGUACCAGAACUUGGGCCCAAAUGUUGGACUUCCUAGUCCCUAUGGUGGACCCAAGGAAGGCCAGAGACCAACUCUCAGAGAGCCCCUGAUUUAUAUUCCUGUAGCUGGUCCUGAUGGAAACCGAGUACCCCUGGUGUACGAAACCCCUUUGCCUGGUCUAGCUUUUGGUUUCCCUGACAACGAAACAGAGCUUCCCCAAGAAGCAAAGACCAUGACGACCAUUUCAUGGCAGCCUGUCCCUGAAACCACAGAAUAUGAAGUGUCCUGUAACCCCUUAACAGAUCUGGAAGAAGGAGGCCUUCAGAUGCGUCUUCCAGGCACCUCCAACAGCGCCACGCUGAUCGGACUGACGUCUGGUGCGUCCUACAAUGUUGUUGUCGAAGCCGUAACUGAUGGAGACAAACAGAAAGUUCUGGAAGAAGUCGUCACUGUUGGAAAUGCAGUUCCAGAUGACCUUCCUGUUACCCCCAGAGGAGACGUGUGCUACGAUACAUUUACACACACUUACCAUGAAGUGGGCUCUGAGUGGGAGCGCAUGUCUGAGACUGGCUUCAAGCUGUGGUGCCGAUGCAUGGGGCUCGGCAGUGGUCACUUUAGGUGUGAUUCAUCCAAGUGGUGUCAUGACAACGGCAAUAAUUACCGCAUUGGAGAAAAGUGGGAUCGCCGUGCUGAGAACGGUCAUAUGAUGAGCUGCACCUGCCUGGGCAACGGCAAAGGAGAAUUCAAAUGCGAACCACAUGAGUCAACUUGUUAUGAUGACGGAAAAAUGUACCAGAUUGGAAGCCAGUGGCAGAAGGACUACAUGGGUGCUAUCUGUACAUGUACAUGCUAUGGAGGACAACAGGGUUGGCGAUGCGAGAACUGCAGAAGGCCUGGAGGACAAACCAACGUGGAAGCUGAGGUUUUGCAGCCGGGUGGCUUAGAUGCCUUCCAACGCUACAGAGAAAAUGCUCUACGUAAACUGAACAUCCACUGUCCGGUUGAAUGUUUCGAUCCAGAGCUGCUGGCAGAUGCUCAGAGCAACUUAGAGUAGAAGAGGAGUGAAAGGAAGGAGGAAUAUUGAAAUUAUUUCAUCACUUCAAGAAGGACAUUUCCUCCUGGAGCCUCAAAACCGGACAUUUCCAUCACAUUUGUGCCUUAAAUAUGUCACCGCACCUACAUUUAGUGCCUUAAUGAACUCUGUGCCUUAUCAAACAUAUAGAGAGAGUUUAGAUUCUCUUAUUUUUGGCAAAAAAAGAGAAAACUUUCUUUUUUUUUCAGUGGACAAUUUUCUAAUUAUUUUUUUUUUUCUCAUAGCACAAAUCCUCCUGCAGCGUCACCUUACACAUGCAUUCACCAAUCAUACUGUUCUGCACACAGCUACACAAGGGGGUUGGGGGGAUUUUUUUAAACACAUUUUUAUGUAUUUUUUCCUCCUUCAAUAAAAAAUAAUAGUUGGAAAUCAGUUAAAACUGGGAACAAAAUAUUUUAAUAUUUGCGCAAUUUGCUUUUAUUUGUUUUGUGUCACCAAAGGCAGUUUGUAUUCAGAAGAAUACAAAGCAUUUUUUUAUUUCUUAAAUAUUUCCAAAGCAAAUGAAUCUUUAUUCAAUGAAAGCCAUAAAGUAUUUUAUUGUUUCUUUCAGGUGUCUCAUUUUUCUGUUCUGUGGUCAGUGUGCUGUUUUUGCAGUGAGCAGCUUUAAGAUUAGUUUGCCUUCUCUGUUUUUAAAUAAAAAGAAAAAGUGAACACUACAAAGCUUCCUUUUAAAGAAAUAAGCACUGUUGCAUUUGAUGUGGUAUUUACCAGCUGUUUCUACUGUGUACAUUUUUAUUUUAAUUCGGCAGAUGUAGGCAUCAUCUGUAGAUUCUAGUUUGUAUUUUCUAACAUAGGAAAACAUAAAAUCUUUUCAAACGAUUCUAAAACUCAAAGCUUCCUGACCAAAAAGUUUAAAAGUUGAUCAAUUUGCAAUAUUUUCAGAUGGAAUUAGGUUAGGUAACAUUUUUGUAUUUUUUAAGUUUUGACUUCUAUUUAUCCCUCUUCACUUAGGUAUUUUGCUCAGUGCUGUUUUUGGGGUGUAAACUUUAUUUUUAUGAACUGUAUUUUUUUUUUUUUUUUUGAGAAUGUUGUUGCCAGACUGAACUACCGUGGAUGGAAUCUUUUUAAUAAAUUCAAAAGGAAA